UCUUGAGGUAGUUAUAAAUCUGCAUUCACUCUCAGUAACAUGGUUUCAUUUGGAGUCCUGCUGUUUCUUUCUCUCUUUUGUGUUGGAUCAUCACAUGCUUGCUUCUGUGCCUCAUUAAGCUGGGCCACUUGUAAUGAAUCUUCAUGUGAAUGUCAUGUCAUUGUGGGUAAAGGGCAGAGACAAGCUCUAAACUGCACUACAUCAAUUCCAAAGUGCCUCCUGAUGAGGGCUGAGAUGCACCGCCUUCGGCACCACCCGUCCUCGUUGAGCCAGCCCACCCAGAUGCCAGUGGCCCACGACGGUGCCCCGUACGACCCGCAGUGUGGUUCUGACGGGCUCUUCAGGGCCAGGCAGUGUGACGAGGCAGAUGUGUGCUGGUGUGUGGACGGCUUAGGAGUACGGCGCUCUCACAUGGGGGCCCGGAGCCUUGAGGGUGAGGAGCUAGUGGAGGCGAGCUGGGUACAGGUUGAGGUGAAGCACAGAGGCCAGCAGCUCCCUGGUAUCUUUGCAGCUGCAGAGUAUGAUGUCGAUGCCUGUCUCAUCACUCUGGAUGUGAAAAGGAACGUCGGCAACCAGACACACGAGCUGUCUCAACUGGCCAACUACAUGGAGAAGGAUGUUAACAUGCAGUUGCUCUUCGAUGACCUAGUGAAGAUCGAACAGACAAUAGCAGGUGAGAAAUUGGAAAUGGAGAGCAUCCAGGCGUAUUAUGUGGGUGAAGAGGCAGCCUCUACUACCACACAGAGGCUCAGUGGUACCAUGCUGACUCUCAGUGUGGCCCUGAUCCUUGCUGUUCUUCUAGGACUUCUCAUUCAGCUCCUGAUAAGAAGACAAAAGCAGGGUAAAUAUGAAAAGGCCCAGACAAGUGAAAUGGAGGAAAUUUAAGAUAAUCUUCAUGUUUAUACAUAUUACAUUUUGAUUCUGUACUCUAUAUUGAGACCAUAAAAAUGCAAAAUUAAUCUUUUUAACUGAAUAUUUGUAUAGUUUAUUAUGUAUUAAUGCCCUAUGUAACUAAGUGACGUGUUUCGCCAUUAUAAUCAAAUGGUAUUGCAUUUAAAAUGAAAGUACAUUUAAAAAGACUGCUGUUGUACUCGUUGAAAUAACCUCACUGCAAUAAACAUCUC